CCAAACAUAGGGUUACCAUUCAAGAAAACAUUAGAGAGAAGAAGAGAAUACCAUCAUUGUUCUUUUGGAAGCAUUCAAUUGCCAUCUACUUCAAGAUUUACCAAUAUUCCUUCCCAUUUCUAAAUCUAUUUUUCUUUUUCUUUUUCUUUUCUUUUUGCCUUUUACGUCCAAAACUUGGCCACUCCUUUCUCUUUUAUAACAACUGCUGUGGUGUGCUUAUCCUUCUUAAAUUGAAGCAAGCUGUUCUCUUCAUUGCUCAUUCCUUAUUCUACAGUUUGCUUUACUUCUUAAUCUUUCUACUGUUCUGUUAGCAUGUCUUUCAGGGGAAUAUCCCGGCCUAAUGCAACAUCAGGGAUGGGUGUUGCUGAUCACAGCAUAAACACAUUCUUGGAGCUGCAGAGAAAGAAGGUCCACCGCUAUGUGGUGUUUAAAAUUGAUGAGAAGAAGAAAGAGGUCGUGGUAGAGAAGACUGGUGGCCCUGCUGAGAGCUAUGAGGAUUUUGCUGCAUCUUUGCCUGAUAAUGACUGUCGAUAUGCUGUUUAUGACUUUGAUUUUGUCACUUCAGAGAAUUGUCAAAAGAGCAAGAUCUUCUUCUUUGCAUGGUCUCCAUCAACCUCUAGAAUCCGUGCCAAGAUGCUCUACGCCACAUCUAAAGACAGGUUCAGACGUCAGUUGGAUGGUAUCCACUAUGAGAUUCAGGCUACUGACCCGACAGAAAUGGAUCUUGAAGUGCUUAGAGAUCGCGCAAAUUAAGCUUGCGCUGUAAUUCCAAGGUUUCUUCCACACAGAAGGUUAUGCUAUAGUUUUGCAACUCAUGAAUUAUGCCUCUUGCAACACUAAGCAGCUAAUUUGCAGAAUCCUUUUCUGGUCAAGAUAAACUGCAUUUUUCUUGAAUAACUAGGGAGAGACCGAUAAGAAGCUGUAUCUACUCUUUGCUGCUGAUCAGAUGAAGAGAAAUUUAUUAUUGGGUACUUGUAUUUUUAUGAUAUUUUAUCAUACAAAUUCGCAUUUAGAUA